AUCGAUUUCAGAACUCAUCAUCAAGCACUACACUUGCAUACAAACUACUUCUUCCCCUUCUCUGAUAGAUUCAAGACCACUGUCACUUGUCUUCUUCGGUUUUCUCAAGCAGAUCCAACAAUCAGUCAACAAACACUCUUAUACAACACCACCACAACAACACCAACUCAGACUCUUCAACAUGCAGUCCUCCAUCAUCGCCAUCAUCCUUGCCGCUGCCACUGGCACCAUUGCCGCUCCCGCCAACAUCCACGCGCGAUGCGACCCUGCUCCCGCCCCCGGGACUGUCCCUCCUCCUGCCCCUGGGUCUGCCACUCCUCCUAAGGCUCCCACAACCCCUGCGACGGCCAACUACAUUCUUCCCAACGCCAUGGCUGUCCACAACGUCAACAACAACGCCAACAAGCCCUCCACGCAAAUCUUGACCACCAAGAAGGGCAACACUGAGACCUCGACGCUCGUCUCCUUCCAGGUCCCUUCGACGGCGACGGGCACUUGCAAGACGCACAUCAACGUCGGCGCCCUGGGCGGUGCGGACAAGAUCGGCGGAUCGCAGACCGUCAGGAUCUUCCGCACGCUGCUCACCAACAUCCCCGCCACUCCCACCGGCAAUCAGCGCAACAUCGAGCUCGGUCAGCUGCGCUUCGACGCCGCCGCCAAGGGCUUCGCUUUCGAGAAGGGCAGCGUCCAGCCUACUAUCCAGACCUUCCCUUGCCCCGCUGGCAAGACUAUUCAGUGGGAGAUUGUCGCCGUUGGCGAUAGCGACGAGAUCAUCGUCGGACAGGACUUCACUUCUAGCGGUGCUGGCGUCCCCAACGGCAUUUACAUCGAGUACUAGCUGGUCACGUCUUAGAACGGGUUGCAUUGGUUCUCAUAGACAAUUACACCACUGCACAGCGUGCGCACAUUGGAAUUAGGGAAAGCAUGAGAUUUUUGGUCACAUUAGCUACAAGGCGCAAUCUUCAAUGUUUCUAGACAAUUGGAAUACACAUCAUCUCUAGUACUGCU